GGAAAAGACCCUGGAAUAUAAACGGGAAAGGGCAUACAAGCUCCACACAGAUGCAUUUGCAAAGCCUCAGGAGGAGUUGCUGGGAAUUGAAACCAGGGCCAUUGAGCUACAUCACCAGCCCCAGUUUCCAAUUUCUGAUAUGCAGAAAUUCUUUCCAUUCCUCCCUGAAGACUGGGCUUUUGGAAUUCAGAAGCUAAAAAUGGAUUCUGCAUUCUGUCGUAUCCUUCACUUCCUGAAGUAACCAAUGCAGAGUAACUUGUGUAAAGGAAGGGCCCAGGGAUACCAUGGAAAAUGUAUUUCCAGGUGUCAUUGCCUCAUGGGAAUCUGCACCGUGUGCUACUCAUUGCCAUGGCCUUUGCUCAAGCACACACACAUCCAGCCUUCCUGCACCUUCAGCCACUGUGGGGGCCUGGUUGAUGACCCCAGGACUUCUGAGUGCUCAAGUGGCACAGUGUACCUUCCCUCUCCUCCCAUUCCUGGAGAGAAGAGACGUGUCCAGGAUCUCAAAUUUGUGGGGAGGGGACUACAAGGUCUCUGAUGAAAGAGUUGCAGAAGUCGAGGAAUGGAGUUCAAAGAAAGAUCGCCUGUCUGAUAAAUACGCAACCAUUAACCGACCUCCUAACCGCUGGAGACUUCAACCCCACCAGUGCUAGCGUAGGGCCUGCGAGGUUCUGUGGAGUCAAGGUGGGGCGGUGCCUGUGUCCCAGCCUCACCGCAGACUUAGAUUAGUGAGCCAGUGAGGACAGAGCUGGGACUUCAGCCACAUUUGUGUGACUCUGGUGCCUGUGCCAUUCCUUUCCUCCAUCCUGACCAGGCUGUGGCCCCAGGGAGGACGAUUGUGGUGACGUUUGCUGUUGAAAACAGUAUAAAGAGAGAAUUGCAUGCACCUGGAUCCAGCCUGGGCUUUCCUGUGUUACUCUGGAAGUCUGUGAUAAAAGGAAGAAGUAACAUUUGUCUAGUGCCUCCUCUGUGCUGGCUUCUGGCAGUCCUCAAGUGUACCCUUCUCAGGGGCAGUGCUGUCCCUCUCUAGGCAAGGAGGCUGUUAACAGAGAAGCUUGUGUCCAGGCCACAGAAUGGACAGAAAGAGCUGAGAAUGAAGCGGAGAGCAUCAGACAGAGGAGCUGGAGAAACGUCGGCCAGAGCAAAGGCUCUAGGGAGUGGGAUUUCUGGAAAUAAUGCCAAGAGAGCUGGACCGUUCAUCCUCGGUCCCCGUUUGGGCAACUCACCAGUGCCAAGCAUUGUGCAGUGUUUGGCAAGGAAAGACGGCACAGAUGACUUCUAUCAACUGAAGAUCCUUACCCUUGAGGAGAGGGGCGAUCAAGGCAUAGAGAGCCAAGAGGAGAGGCAGGGCAAGAUGCUGCUGCACACCGAGUACUCUCUGCUCUCCCUCCUGCACACACAGGAUGGUGUGGUCCACCACCACGGGCUCUUCCAGGACCGCACCUGUGAAAUCGUUGAGGAUACAGAAUCCAGCCGAAUGGUUAAGAAGAUGAAGAAGCGCAUCUGCCUUGUCUUGGACUGCCUCUGUGCACACGACUUCAGUGACAAGACUGCUGACCUGAUCAACCUGCAGCACUACGUCAUCAAGGAGAAGAGGCUCAGUGAGCGGGAGACUGUUGUUAUCUUCUACGACGUCGUACGCGUGGUGGAAGCCUUGCACCAGAAAAAUAUUGUGCACAGAGACCUGAAGCUUGGGAACAUGGUGCUCAAUAAAAGGACACAUCGGAUAACCAUCACUAACUUCUGCCUCGGGAAACAUCUUGUGAGCGAGGGGGACCUGCUGAAGGACCAGAGAGGGAGCCCCGCUUACAUCAGUCCUGAUGUGCUCAGCGGCCGGCCUUACAGGGGCAAACCGAGCGACAUGUGGGCCCUGGGCGUGGUGCUGUUCACCAUGCUGUACGGCCAGUUCCCCUUCUACGACAGCAUCCCCCAGGAGCUCUUCCGCAAGAUCAAGGCCGCCGAGUACACCAUCCCUGAGGAUGGACGCGUCUCUGAGAACACUGUGUGUCUCAUCCGGAAACUGCUGGUCCUCGACCCCCAGCAGCGCCUGGCCGCCGCCGAUGUCCUGGAAGCCCUCAGUGCCAUCAUUGCCUCGUGGCAGUCCCUGUCAUCUCUGAGCGGGCCUUUGCAAGUGGUUCCUGACAUCGAUGACCAGAUGAGCAAUGCAGACAGCUCCCAGGAGGCGAAGGUGACAGAAGAGUGCUCUCAGUACGAGUUUGAGAACUACAUGCGGCAGCAGCUGCUGCUGGCCGAGGAGAAGAGCUCCAUACACGAGGCCCGGAGCUGGGUGCCCAAGAGACAGUUCGGCAGCGUGCCACCAGUGCGACGGCUGGGCCACGACGCACAGCCCAUGACCUCCUUGGACACCGCCAUUCUGGCUCAGCGCUACCUGCGGAAAUAGCAGCCUCAGCCAGGGGCACCAGCCCCAGCGCCACCUCUUCGGCCCUCAGCCCUGUUGAGGCUGGGCCCUGUAGUGCUGGACUCUCCCAGGCUGCAACAGGGACAGGGCAGGGACAGGGACAGCCCAGGUCACAUGUGGGGUCAGCAGAGGUACCACGAAGCUACCUUUUGGAAUGAUUGCUUGAUUGUUUGGUUUUUUUAAUCUGAGAAGCCUAGAUAACUAAUCUGCUUUUAAUCAUGACAUUUUAAUCUACCUCUGUCUCUAACCAUGCUGUCUCUGGACUGAGUGACAGGAGGAGGGAGCCCACCCACUCACCCCAAGCCCUGACCCAGCUGGCAUCCGCCUGGCUUGGGGACUGCUGCUCCCCACAGUCCAAAUAAGCUGAAAGUGCAGCUUGCUGCUGGCUCCCAAAACGAAUGCCCACCUCCCCGCUCCCCAUCCCAUAGUCUGUGCCAUCCCUCCCUUCUGACCCCAGCCCCUCAGUCCAAGCUUUGGAAAACCUUCACCUCAUCUUAUUCAAAUAUAUUUAUUUUUUUACUGAAACCAAGUUCUCUCCCAUCUCUAGGUGGCUCAGCCCAUGGCCACUCCCUGUCCCAGCCUGGCUGGACCGCAGGGGUCGGCCGCCCACAUGAGGGUUCCCUCCACACCCCAGGCAAAGAGGAGCCCUCCUGGCUGGACCUCUCUCCGCUCCCAGCCGCCUGGGCCUGUUUCCAGUGGUGGGAAUCCUUUCUAGACUUGGCUCUGUCUCUCAUCUCAGUAGCUUCUCUGAGGUGCUGCACAUGCGUGUUAGCCCUGCUUCCUCCUUCCUCCUUCCUCCUUCACGUGGUACCCAGGUAACAUGGAACGCAAUGUGAAGGGAGCCGUGACCGGGCUGGGGAGGGAUGCUCUGGGCCUGGCCGGGAACGGGCCCUGCUUGCAUGCUGUCUUGCUUCCGCCCCUUACGUUCUGAGAAGGAGCUGGGGCAUCUGCCCUCCCACCCUGCCUCAGCAGAUGAUGUGUCUCCCCUGACGGACCCUGGCCAGGGGCCUUCAUGGGGUAGGAGGCUUGUGGGGAGAAUCCGAGGGAUUGGGGACCUACCCGCCUGGCCUGAGAACAGCCCUGCUGCCUCUUUUGAGCCGAGAUUUUGAAGUGGAUGCCCGUCUUGCCAGAAAUGCUGUUCUCACCAGAAUGCCCUCUGCUCCCCCUUUCCAUUUGGCUCUUUUGGUGCCAAGCAAAGAUCCUCCCCCAGAGGCCUACCCCCCCCACCUGUGUACCCUCAGAGAGGCUGAGUGUCCCCUCCGGGCAGUGGAAGGCCCUUUCUACCUGUCCUUGCUUCCCACUGGGGAGGCAACAAUGUUUCCCAGAGUGUGAACUGUCCCCUCCCCCCCAAAAAAACUGACUCACUGUGAGUGACCUUGGGCAAGUUCCCAAACCUCCUUGUGCCUCAGUUUCCCCAUCUGGAAAAAAUGGGGCCACCUCUUGCCAGCAGUAGCAGGGCUGCCCACGCCCCUUCCUUCCCGUGCUCCCAAUCCAGCACUUGGGCGCCUCGUGCCUCUGCUUUGGUGGGUCUGUGGGAGCCCACCUGAGCUCAGCACUUACUCCCAGAGCACCCAGCUCUGCCUCUAGCUCAGCCAUCCAGCCGCUGAGAGCCAGGGUAUGGUGCUGUGGGGUGGGGAGGCCUCUUUUCUAUAUUUAUUUGAUAAAGAAAAUUCUCCUAAGGGAGCAGAAAUGUAGUCAGCAUGGGCUCCCAGCCCUGUGACUGUCCUCCAGUGAGACUGAGGCCUUGCCAGGGCCUGCUUUCCAUGUGUGAUUUGUCUCCUUUUCAAAGCAAUAUCCUCAGGUCUGCAAAGCCGUAGCAGACAGACUGGUUCCUUCCAAGGUCAACCCACGUGUCUGGUUACACUUCUGGCGAAACGCAGGAGAGGAGAUCGGGGUCUGCCCUCACUGGUUUCACACACUGGGAGAAGUCCUAUUGUAAAGAAAAUGGAAAAAGUCACAAAAAAGUUUGUAUAAAGACAUAUUUUUGUACUACAUGGGGACUCUUCCUGCAUGUCAGCAAUAAAACUUCCUGAUCUGGA